ACGAUUCCGGGCAGCGUUAUAGUUCCGGGCGAGGGGAGAAAGGGAGAAGGAGGGGGCGGGAUGGCGGCCGAGCUGCCCAGCGAAGCCCGGGAGCGGCUGAGCCUGUGGGAGAGGCCCCUGAGGCCCCUGGCGCCCCUGACCGAGCGGCAGCAGGAGUCGGUGCUGGAGCUGAGGGAAGCGCUGCCUUGCCUGCCCGCCCCGGCUGAGCUUCCUAUUGAAGAUUUUAGCAGUCUUGGUCAACAAUCAUUAACUGUAACAUUGACAGCAACAGUGCCAGAAUCCACAGAGGACAUCCUCUUGAAAGGGUUUUCCAUGUUGCGUAUGGAAAAUGAAAGAAUCGAAACAGCACAGCAGUUCUUCUCAUGGUUUGAUCAACUCCAUACGCAGAUGGAUCAAGAUGAAGGGGCUAAAUACAGGCAGACAAGAGCUUACUUGUCUGGAUUUGAAGAGCAAUGCGAUGCUAUCUUGAGUGAUGUCAACAGUGCUCUAGAGCACCUGGAGUCGUUACAGAAGCAAUAUCUCUUUGUUUCCACCAAGACAGGAACGCUGCAUGAAGCCUGCGAACAGCUAUUGAAAGAGCAGUCAGAGCUUGUGGACCUGGCAGAAAAUAUCCAGCAGAAACUGUCAUAUUUUAAUGAAUUGGAAAAUAUUAAUACGAAACUGAAUUCCCCUACAUUGUCAGUAAACAGUGAUGGUUUCAUCCCUAUGCUGGCUAAACUUGAUGAUUGUAUUGCAUAUAUUUCAUCGCAUCCAAACUUUAGGGAUUAUCCUGUGUAUUUUGCAAAGUCCAAACAAUGUCUUUCAAGAGCUAUGCACCUCAUGAAAACAUACACUGUGAAUACACUACAAAACCUCACAAACCAGUUAAUUAAAAGGGACCCUUCAGCUGUACCAAAUUCAGACAAUGCCUUCACGUUAUUUUAUGUGAAGUUCAGAGCUGCUGCACCCAAAGUCAGAACACUUAUUGAGCAAAUAGAGCAGCGGUCUGAGAAGAUGCCAGAGUACCGGCAACUGCUAAAUGAAAUCCAUCAGUGCUACCUUGAUCAGAGGGAGCUGUUACUAGGACCUAGUAUUACUAGCACUGUGACAGAAUUAACUAACCGAAACAGCAGAGAUCAUUGUGCUCUGGUACGAAGUGGCUGUGCUUUUAUGGUCCAUGUGUGCCAGGAUGAACACCAGCUGUUUGAUGAGUUCUUCACAAAACCAACACCCAAGCUGGAUGAACUUUUGGAGAAGUUAUGCCUGUCAUUAUAUGAUGUCUUGCGGCCGCUGAUCAUCCAUGUAAUUCACUUAGAAACUUUGUCUGAGCUCUGCGGGAUUCUCAAAAAUGAAAUGCUUGAAGAUCACGUGCAAAACAACGUGGAACAGCUGGCUGCAUUUGCUGCUGGAGUUAGGCAGAUGCUGGAGGAUGUUCAAGAGCGUCUGGUCUACAGAACGCAUAUCUACAUUCAGACUGACAUUAUAGGCUACAAACCGGCCCCGGGUGAUCUUGCCUAUCCUGCUAAGCUGGAAAUGAUGGCGCAAAUUGCCCAAAGUCUAAAAGAUGAAGAGAGAAAGUUGCCUGCAGAUCCUUCUUUUUCAGAUAUGAAGCUGGAAGAUUCGGAGAACUGCAGUGUGGUAAAAAAUGAUCCAUUGGAAUCCUGCCAUCCUAGACUUCAUGCUACAAUUUCACCCGCAGAUCUGCAUGGGAUGUGGUACCCUACUGUGAGAAGAACGCUUGUGUGCCUCUCCAAGCUUUACAGAUGUAUUGAUAGGGCAGUCUUCCAAGGAUUAUCGCAGGAGGCCUUAUCUGCCUGCAUACAGUCUUUGCUAACAGCUGCAGAUUCCAUUUCUAAAAACAAGACCCAGGUUGACGGACAGCUUUUCUUAAUAAAACAUCUUUUGAUUCUUCGUGAACAAAUUGCUCCUUUCCACACUGAAUUCACCAUUAAGGAAAUUUCCCUGGACCUUAAGAAAACUAGAGAUGCUGCCUUUAAAAUCCUGAACCCUAUGACCGUUCCACAUUUCUUUAGGCUUAGUAGCAAUAAUGCGCUGAUACAGUUUCUGCUGGAGGGCACUCCCGAAAUCAGAGAGCACUAUAUUGACUCUAAGAAGGAUGUCGAUCGGCACUUGAAGUUUGCCUGUGAGCAGUUCAUUCAGCAACAGACCAAGCAGUUUGUGGAGCCUCUGGAGGAAUUCCUGGCGAAGGUCUCUGCUCUGAAGGCAAUGGCUACUCAAGGCGGUCCUAAAUACAGCCUUUUGCAGCAACCUUGGGCUCAACCAGCAAAGAUUGCCGACUUGGUGUCUUCGACAUACAGGACCAUCAAAACAAAACUGCCCUCGACAUUGCAGAGCAUGUCGCUGUAUUUAUCCAACAAGGACACGGAGUUCAUCUUGUUCAAGCCCGUUAGGAACAAUAUUCAGCAAGUGUUCCAGAAGCUGCAUGCUCUACUAAAAGAAGAAUUUAGCAAAGAAGAUCUCCAGAUUGUAGCCUGCCCUUCAAUGGAACAGGUAAAUCUCCUUUUGUCAACGGCAAAGUAGUCCCUCUUUGAGAAGCCUCUUCAAAUUGUCUGUCAGGCAGUGAAAUGGACAUUUAUUUGAAGCCAACACGGGGUGUGCCAUCCUACCUGCUUUUAGCAUCAUCCAUCCUAAGGUCAGGUGAACAAGAAGAGGAUGAACAUCAGUAUGUUAUAACUUUUUUUAAAACAUAAAGCAGAAAUACUGCUUUAUUCAGAACAAUGGUCAGCUUUUUUUUGUUUGUUAGCAUCUACCUACCUUGACCGAAAACAUGUUGGGGUUAAAUUCUAUUUGUUCCUCUAACCAAUUUUGUUAAUAUGUGUUUGUUUCUUUGCCAAGGGAUGUGCUGAAAAUAAAUUGGAGAAGGCAGGGACCCAAGAAUCUCUUUAAUAGAAGGCAUAAGUGUAUGUACAAACCUUCCCACACUAUCUCAAUAAUACCCUCCAAAUUGCACAUUCACAAGUCUUCACGGCGCCGCAGUCAGUGAGCGGGGAAGAGAGUAUUUGUGGAAAAGUUUUCAUUUGCCCUCCGGCAAUAAGUCUCAGUUGAAGCUGUUCAGCUGUAUAUCAAAUGGUUUAGCUGCACGUGCAAAUGAAGCACAUUGUGAAAAUUUCUCCAGUUUUUGACCGGUGUACUGACACUCACCAAUUCUUAAUAACUCUAAAAAGAAAGCCAAUUUGCCGCAGUAAAAUUGUGUCCAUAGGAUGUGCAGAGAAAGCUAUGCAAUCGAGGAAUUUCCAUAGAUAAAUGCCUUCUAAGUUUGAAUUACUGAUAUGUGAAAUAAUUCAUUUUAUAAAAAUGAAGCUCCAUUAGAACUUCUGUUUUUUUUU